CGUCCAAGAUGGCGGAGGUGAGACGGUUGAGGAGCAGAAAUCACUUCAAGCCGAGUCACAAAAACCGAAUGGUUAACGAAGGCUUGAGUGGUGUGGAAGAUGUCCCCAUUUUCCAACAGAAGCAGAAGCCUCCUUUAGCCAAGACAGAAGAACUGGAGGAUGAAUUGCUUCCCAGGACCAUGGCCUCAAAAUUAAGCAAAGAUGCCAGCCUCACCCCCUCACCAGACGAAGGGAUUCAUGAAGAUGAGGCUGUGACAGAGGAGGAACAAAAAGCCCAUCCCAUCCAGAUUGUCCUUGCCAAUGAAGAUGAGCACAGCUUUGAGCUGGAUGCUGCAGCGCUUGAGAAGAUCCUGCUGCAAGAUCACGUGAAGGACCUGAAUGUAGUGGUCGUGUCUGUGGCCGGAGCCUUCCGCAAGGGCAAGUCUUUCCUGUUGGACUUCAUGCUGCGGUACAUGCACAAUCAGCAGAAUCACUCGUGGAUUGGAGGUGACGAUGAGCCUCUGACAGGCUUUACCUGGAGAGGAGGCUGCGAGAGGGAAACCACAGGAAUUCAGAUCUGGAGCGAAGUGUUUGUGGUUGACAAACCAGAUGGCAGCAAGGUAGCUGUACUCCUCGUUGACACUCAGGGAGCGUUUGACAGCCAGUCCACUAUAAAGGACUGUGCCACUGUGUUUGCCCUCAGCACAAUGACAAGCUCUGUACAGGUCUACAAUCUCUCCCAGAAUAUACAGGAGGAUGACCUACAACAUCUGCAGCUUUUCACAGAAUACGGUCGCCUGGCAAUGGAAGAGAUCUACCUGAAACCUUUCCAGUCCCUGAUGUUCCUGAUUCGUGACUGGAGUUACCCUUAUGAGCAUAACUAUGGCCUAAAAGGAGGCAACAACUUCCUAGACAAAAGACUGCAGGUAAAACAGAACCAACAUGAAGAGUUGCAAAAUGUAAGGAAGCACAUCCACUCCUGCUUCUCCAGCAUCGGCUGCUUCCUGCUGCCACAUCCUGGCCUCAAGGUGUCCACCAACCCUUACUUUGAUGGCAGGCUGAAAGAUAUCGAUGAUGAUUUUAAGAGGGAGCUGGCCAAGCUAGUGCCUCUCCUCCUGGACCCAGAGAGACUGGUAGAGAAGGAGAUUGGAGGAAAUAAAGUCACCUGCAGAGAUCUCCUGGAGUACUUCAAGGCUUACAUAAAGAUCUACCAAGGUGAGGAGCUGCCUCACCCCAAGUCCAUGCUGCAGGCGACAGCAGAAGCCAACAACUUGACUGCAGUGGCAGGAGCCAAAGACAUGUAUGGAAAGAGCAUGGAGCAGAUUUGCGGUGGGGACAAGCCAUACAUUGCCCCGGCCGACCUGGAGCGCUGCCACGAAGAGUUCCGCACGCACUCUGUACGUUACUUCCGCUCUGUGAAGAAAAUGGGCGGCGACGAGUUUUGCCAGCGCUACCAGAACCAACUGGAAUCCGAGUUGGACGAGGCCUUCGGCAACUUCUCCAAACACAACGACGGCAAAAACAUCUUCUAUGCAGCGCGCACGCCCGCCACGCUGUUUGCGGUCAUGUUCGUCACCUACGUGGUGUCCGGCGUGACCGGCUUCAUCGGUCUGAGCACCUUAGCCUCCCUAGCUAACCUGGUCAUGGGCAUCGCACUGCUGUCACUCUGCGCCUGGGCGUAUGUGAAGUAUUCUGGAGAGUUUCGGGAGGUGGGAACGAUGAUAGAUGAGGUGGCUGAGACGCUCUGGGUACAGGUGGGUGUGUCCAAGAUAUAACAACAUGUAUAUUAUGUACAUACAUAUACAUGUACAUAUAGUGUGUGUGUGUUGUUGUUUUAGAAAGUUAGGUUUUAUUUAGGUCCAGUGUGUAACCUUUAGGAGGGUAUAUUGGCAGACAUACAAUAAGUAUGUUUGUUUAAGUGUAUAAUGGCUUUAAAAUGAAAAUCCUUGUGAUUUUUAUAGUCUUUAAAAAAAACCUUUGAUGCGUAAUUUAGCGUUAAAUGUUCUUUUCUUCAUGCUUGAGCUGCCGCAACAUACAUUAUGCGUUUUGAAGCAGAAGCUUACUCUGCGUAGAACGGCUCCACCUACAUCAGGGCUGUCACUUUUUGUAUGAAAUUCGCAUGUAAAAGUUCAUGUUUGAAUUGUUAUAUGUUAAAACGGAAUACAUGCGUGACACAUGUAUAUUUCCUACUGUAUCAAAUGAUGCAGCAGUGAGGAUAACAUGCAAGUCUACUGUAAAUGAGGGAGACUCGGUUCCAUGGAGACACAAGUAACUGCAUCUCGUAGUGAGUCUCAUAAAUACCUGUGUACGAACAAACAAAAAACGAACAGCGCUGGUUCAAAUACAUUAGAAGGAAUUUUGGGUCAUUAUAAACUUAAUUUUUGGAGAAAGUGACCCACCUUAACCAGGUGCAUGGGAGAUCCCAGAUGAGCUCGGGAAAGGUAGUAGUGAACAGAGUAUUCCUGUGUUUGUGGCAGACUGUGGUCUCACUGUUGGAUGUCACUCAUUUUUACACAUUUGACCUUUAAAGUUCCACUUCCACAGAAGAGAAACAGGAAUUUGUGUAUUCGUUAUCUUUGUCUGAUGCAUCCCAUCAUCCAUCUCACCAAAUCAAACAACACUCAUUUCCUUUCCCACGUCAGCGCUGCCUUCACACUGAAACUCAAACACAAAGCCAGUGUGUGAAUAGCAUUUGUGUUUUUGUUUCUGGAGUUUCUUCAGGGGUAAGGACCCGACACAAACUCCUCAUUUCUUCUCUCUGAUGUUUCACCUCCUUCCUCUGCUUUUGUUUCUCUCCACCCUCCCAUGCUUUACAGCAGAUGCUUAGCAAGGUGAGAGUGCCACUUCCUGUUUCUCUGAACUUCUUCCUGCUGUUCUCUUCCAUCCUGUCUGAUUUCCUCUCCGUUAGUUAGUCCUCCUCCUACCACCACGCCAGUAUUCUUUUUAUUUAUGUAUGUCAAGAUCCCACUCGCUCUCACUCAAUCACAACAUGUAGGUGUUUAAAUGAUUUUAGUAAUUGUCAUGUAAACACAUCUCCCAUUAUUCACAACAUCUAUUUUAUGUCUUCAGCUUUACUGGCAUCUAAAUCUUCUUUAUUUCUCUUUUACUCUCCCUAACAUCUGGAUCUGUCUCAUAUCCCUUUGUCCUCUGCUCAAACU